CCCCAAUGGAGGCUUCUUUCUCCACCACCACAGCUGCUGCUGCCGGCGGCGGCGGCUUCGUGGCGUUGCUGGCGUCUCUGUGACCCCCCCUCGUCCUGCCCCUUGACCGCGAGCCCGGCGGCCCCCUGCAGAAGAAGUAAACAAGACGCAACAACAACAGGGAGGAGGGUGGUGGUGGAAUGUAAACAAGAACAACAACCCCUACCCGCCACCACGCGGCGUGUUGUCGCGUGACGAAAGUAGCAGCAGCGUCAUCAUCAUCACCACGUGUAGCAGCAGCGUCGUCAUCAUCCACGCAAUGUCUGCCGGCAGGGAUGACUCCUCCUCCUCCUCGACCUUCUACAACGGCGAGGAGUUGCACAGCGACUGGCACCAGUCCACGCUGCCCAGCGAGGACAUUUGGAAGAAGUUUGAGCUCCUGCCCCCCGCGCUGGACGGAGCGAACUCAACGCCAACGCCGCCGCCCUCGGGCGAUCCGAGCCGCGAAGGCGGCGAAGUGGCGAGCCGCGGCCACGUCUGGGACCCCGCCGGCGGCAGCGGCGUGGGAGCCGUGGGAGUAAUGCUGCUGCGGGACUGCAUGUGGAGCAGCGCCGCCUCCUCGGCCAGAGCCACGCCGGGGCGGCUGGCGCCCGCCGACAAGUCGGCGCCGCCGCCGCCCGCGGUCUCCCGCGCCGUGCCGAGCCCCGCGGCCGCCGCGGUGCCCGCCGAGAUGCUGCCCUUUGAGCCGGGAGGGCGGCACCUGCCGGCCGAGGGGCGGGAGGAUGGGGAGACUGUCGUGGGCGGGGCGAUGUCUCCCGGCAACGAGACGCGCAGUGAUUCGGUGAUUUGCUCGCAGGCGUAG